CCGGCUUGUUUGGUUGAGGGCCCGCCCGCACCGCUCCGGAGCGGUGGUUCUGGACAGCGUUUGCCGCGUUCGAAGUGGCCUGAACACGGCUUCAAGUGGCGGGGCCCGGGCAUCAGCGCCGCCAGGGGGGACAGGGUCAUAGGCACCGCCGGCAGAGGCGCUCCUAAAGCCGCUGCCAACCGGCCGCUCCGCACGCUGGGCCUGCGGCAGGAGCGUAACGGCCGCGGGGCGACAUCGCCCCUCACGGUGCCGCCGCGCGGUACCAGCGUCACGGCCCGAGCGGCUUCAGUUUUAGAAUGGGGAAUGAUCAGACUAUUGUGGGAUUGUCUAAUGAUGCUGUCGUUAAUCAAAUACAGGAGAUAAUUUCAGAUAACUGCGUGGUGAUUUUCUCCAAAACAACAUGCUCCUACUGCAGAAUGGCAAAAAAUCUCUUUGACAGUAUAAAUGUGAAUUAUACAGCUGUAGAACUGGACAUGAAUACAAAUGGAAGUCAGUUCCAAGAUGUUCUUGAACAGAUGACUGGUGGCAGAACAGUCCCAAGAGUGUUUGUCAAUGGGUCUUUUGUUGGAGGUGCUACAGAUACUCAAAGGCUUCAUGAGGAAGGCAAACUGCUGCCAUUAAUUGAUCAAUGUCAGGUGAAAAGUAAAUCCCAAUCAGCCAUUUAGCUUAGCUUAGUCUUCCUUUGUAUAAACAGAAUUUCAGGCAACUUCGAAGGUCACAGAUACACGCUGCAUCAACUGGACUCAACAACUUCAAGCCAUGGAUUUCCAAAUCAUAGAUCAUUCUCUGACACAGGUGCUUUAUGGACUUGGCAAAUUACUUGUCUCAGCUUUACCACAACCAAAAUGGUGAUCAAAACCACUAUGUAACUCUUGGGGCUCUAAGUGUUAGAAAGAGAUGUCAUUUUAUUGCUGUUAUAUCCUGAUGCUAUGUUUUAGAGAAGCAUUAAUUGUACAAGAGGAAUCCUGUAUUUUUUCUGCUGCAGAUUAGUUUGCAUUCUAGCUUUGUUCCAAUGGUCAGUUUAAUGGUUCUUUUAAAGUAAAUUCUUCUCUGAAUGUCAAAUUAUAAUAACGAUGAAAGUAUGAAGCAAAACAAGUUUUUAGUGAUAUUUCUGUAUGCAUGUCUGCCUCUUCUAUAUUAGCAUGUGAUCAUCUAGCUGUCAAAUUAUAUGUCCAGUUGCUAGAGAAAAGGGAAUAAAGAUUCUUGCAGUGUUUGAGAGGUAGGUAAUGUCUUUCAUCUUUAUUCUGCACUAUGAAGUAUCAGUCUAUCCAGUGUCAUUCAGAAAUAUACUUUUGGAGGAGCGAGACAGCUCAUUAUCACUAAAAUCUGCAACUGCAAACUGUGUUAUGAUCAGUUCAAUGCUCUUACAAAACUAAAGACCAAGUAAAAUAAGUCUAAUAUGCAUAGAGUUUAUUUAGUUUUUGAAUUCUACAGUCAGAAUGCAGUUUACUAGUGAUUUUAACUUGCAAUUAAAUGCCUAAAACAUCUAAAAUUCAACAAUUUCAGUACAAUGCAAAUCCAAAGCCAGACCAGGCAAUGCCAAGACUCUUGGUUAUUUCAAGAAAGUUCAUAUACAAGUAGAAAAUUAUACCCCAUUCUUUAGUAAAAGGGACCAUUACAUUACUAAAGGUGCACAGUUUAGAAUAAAAACAUUAGUCAAUGAAUUCGUACUCACUUCUGGUAAGACUCCUGUUUUUUCCAUUACUUUCAGUGCUGUAUGCACCUAAGCUACUUUUUUCCCCUCAAGGAAAAAAAAAAAAAGUCACAUUUAUCUUCAACUCCAGAUAACUAGGACUGUAAAAGUAUAAUUUAAAUUUGACAGCUUCAUUUUUGUGAAGGGGGUUUGAAAUAAGUUUAAACCACAUAAUUUGUACAAAGUGUUUAGUAUACAGUUGGCCGCACUGUGCAUCUUUUAAUGUGUUAAUCAGCUAAUUACUCAUGUUAACGUUGGUUUCAUCACUGCCUUAAUAAAAUUUUGUUUACAAGGAUACACUCAUCAUAGUAAACACACACAAAUGUGCCUGUGUCCCUAAAUUUAUGCUUAAUAAAGCAAUUUAUUUUGCACAUAUGGUAGUAACCACGUAUUCUUUUUCUUUGCGUAGAAUUCUUAGGCCAGUUAAUGUUUUCUCAGAUGAACAAUAAUUUUGCACCUGAAAGCUGGUAAGUCCAUCAUGUAAAAAUAAUAGUACACAAAGGAUUUUUUCAAAGACCUUUUCAUUCUCUUCCCUGUUUAACAAAAAAAAAAACCAAACCCAAAACCAAACAAAAGACCAACAAACCAGAAAGUCCCAAAAGACUAGUCUAAAAUAACCCUUUGAGUUCUAAGUUUCAGAAAUCCCAGGGCAUUGUCACUUAAGGCAACACUCUAUUCCAGCUGAUGAGAAAAGAUGCUGUAUGCCUGCAAAUCCAAGUGAGUGCUCCCUAUCCAAAUAGUUUAAUUUCUCAUUAAUUUUGUAUCAAUUCAUAGAAAGUAGCAGGAAGACAGUGCCUUCAUUAUUGGAUGGCACAAAGCCACGAUGUUUAAGUUAUUUAAACAAGAUACGGCAGUUAAAGUGUGGUUCUACUCUAGAAAGACAAAAAAAAGGGGGGGGGGGAGAGACUGAAAAAUAGUAAUUUAAAAUUCCCAUAGGCUUUGCUUAGUAGUCCAGGUCAAAGCUGUUCAUCUUAAAAUAAUGCCUGCCCUGGGAUAUGAAUGUUAAAAAUUAUCUACUAAAAGAUUCUGUACUUUAACUUUAGACGUACCUGCGCAUUCAGCUUAAAUACCAUUCUCCUAAAGAAGCCUGAGAAGCUGGAAACAUCAAGCUAUUGUACCAAGCAGAUAGAGCUGUGAAUGUACCUAUCUGUUGCUUCUUCAGAGAAUUAUUUUUAAAGAGUAGAACUGAACUUUCAUAGGAGAAUGUAAUAGGAAAGACGUUUUAUUUGUAACUAGUGGUGCUUAAAAGCUUGUAACAUUAGGAAAACGGCUAUUUAUAUUCAUUAUUUGUUAAUGAAGCAUUUGUAAAAUUCUCAACAUACCACAUAUAUAUACGCAAAUAUAUAUAUUUAAACUCAGAAUGCAGAAAUACCUACAGAAACCAUACCUUACAGUAUCAAAAUUAUAAAUCCAAGUGUAAGCACACAUAUUUAAAGACACCAAACCUUCUGCUGAAAUUAGCUGAUCUUAAAUCUUAGCUCAGAGCAGCACAUCCAUGAUACACUGUCCUAGUGUUUUACUUUUCCCUGUGUAACUCUUACUCAGCAAUUUUGUACACUGUACUGGACCAUGAUAAGAUGAAAUCUCUACCAUCCCAGCAAUAAAGUAAUUAAAACAGCUUA